AGUAAAUAAACAUUUCUUUUUCUCUCUUUAAUAUGGUCGUCUCUGGUCGCCAUAGCCACACCUUCAGUCGUAACCGCUCGAACGCGAGUCAGUGAAGGCCACAAGCAAAACCCCAUGGAGAGCACCGAAUCGUCCACCGGUUCGCAGCAGCCGAAUCUUCCGCCGGGUUUCCGGUUCCAUCCGACCGACGAAGAGCUCGUGGUUCACUACCUCAAGAAGAAGGCCUCCUCGGCUCCUCUGCCCGUCGCGAUCAUCGCCGAGGUUGAUCUCUACAAGUUCGAUCCGUGGGAACUCCCAGCCAAGGCAGCGUUUGGAGAGCAGGAAUGGUACUUUUUUAGCCCGAGGGAUAGGAAGUACCCCAACGGAGCUAGGCCAAACAGGGCAGCGACAUCUGGGUAUUGGAAGGCUACCGGAACUGAUAAGCCCGUGUUGACAGCUAAUGGAAACCAGAAGGUUGGGGUGAAGAAAGCUUUAGUUUUCUAUGGAGGGAAACCGCCGAGAGGGAUCAAAACCAACUGGAUCAUGCAUGAAUAUAGGCUUGCUGAUAAUAAGCCUAACAAUAAACCUCCUGGGUGUGACUUGGGCAACAAGAAAAACUCUCUCCGGCUAGAUGACUGGGUGCUGUGCCGAAUAUACAAGAAGAGCAACACACACAGAUCGCCUAUGGACCAUGACGAUUCAUCGGUGGACGAUAUGAUUGGAGGGGUUCCUCCUUCGAUCCACGUUGGACAGAUGAACGCCAGAUUCCAUCUUUCUAAGAUGUCGACAACCUACGGCGCCGGAGGAGGAUCAUUGUUUUUAGACCCUAACAACGAUCAUAACCUACUCGAAGGGGUUGUCGCCGCCAACAACAACAAUGGAAUGAACACUGACCUUCCUAGUCUGGUCCCUCCUAUGGCCUCUUCAAACCUUACUACUUCUGUUACAACCCUGCCUUCUAAACGAACACUCCCAUCGCUGUAUUGGAACCCGGAUGAGGAUUUGGCCGGAAGCUCCUCGAAAAGAUUGAGCUUUGACAAUAAUGAGAAUGGCGGGUGCAGUGGCGGCGGCGGAGGUGGCGGGGUUACUACUGCUGGAGCUAGUUCCAUUGCUUCUCUGCUAAACCAGCUUCCACAGACUCCUUCAAUGGUGGGAUCUGUGGGAGAUGGAAUGUUUCGGACACAGUAUCAAAUUCCUGGAAUGCAUUGGUAUGCUUAAGAGAGCUGAAAGAUUAAUGAAGCUCGUAAUGGAGUUUGGAAGGAAGCAAUCAGUUUGACGAUCUCAGAGAUUGAUUGACAUUAGUCUUCUUCAACAAUUGGUGAUGUAGCUGCAAGCUGGAGUAUACUAUUGCACCAUAAGGUCAGGCCGUGGAUAUUGUUUUUAUAAUUGGGCAGAAUUAUAUAUAUAGCUUUGAUUAUGCAGAUUUACAUAUAGGUAUAUUUGGUUGUUUUAUUGAUAUACAUAUUUGUAAAGAAAUAUAUUGAGGGUUUUAUGCAUCUCCAUGUACAAAACUUCAACAGUAAAAACAAGUUUGAAAACCAAAACCAAGAGGAAUGGGCUGUCAUUUAUAUACUUCUCCUUAGGAUUCAAAUACAAUGGAGAAGUUUAAUUUGUACAGAGAUCCUAUAUACUGGUGAACUCUAUUGGUGCAAAUUAUAUUCUUAAUGUUCUCUAUAGAACAUAUUUGGAUUCAUAAACUUUCUGAUA